UUGAACUAGAGACACAGAAAAGUUAGUAGCGGAUUUUUUUUGGAGUCUGACCUGCAGCAGCAUCCGUCGAAAGCAUCAUGGCAAACAAAGCACAGCAGCCUCCUCACCUGCACCUGGCCGAGGUCACCGCGUCCCAGUUCCUCGACAUUUGGAAACAUUUCGACGCUGACGGUAAUGGCUACAUUGAGGGGAAGGAACUGGAGAACUUCUUCAGGGAGCUGGAGAUGGCCCGGAGAGGAGCAGGGGUGGACCCUUCAAACCCCAUAUUCAGAGAAAAGAUGAAGGAGUUCAUGCAGAAGUUUGACAAGAACAAAGAUGGACGAAUUGAGAUGUCAGAGCUGGCCCAGAUUCUUCCAACUGAAGAGAACUUCUUGCUCUGCUUCAGAGAGUUUGUUAGCUCCAGUGCUGAGUUUAUGGCGGCAUGGCGGCGAUAUGAUACAGAUCGCAGUGGCUACAUUGAAGCAAACGAAUUGAAGGGCUUUCUGUCAGACCUGCUGAAGAAGGCUAACAGACACUACGAUGACCAGAAGCUCCAGGAGUACACACAGACCAUACUCAGGAUGUUUGAUCUGAAUGGAGAUGGGAAGUUGGGCCUGUCAGAGAUGGCAAGGCUUCUCCCUGUUCAGGAGAAUUUCUUACUCAAAUUCCAGGGUGUCAAGUUGACCACUGAGCAGUUCAAUGCCAUCUUUGCAUUCUAUGACAAGGAUGGGAACGGCUACAUUGAUGAGCAGGAGUUGGAUGCCCUGCUACGAGACCUUUACCAGACAAACAAGAAGGAUGUGGAUGUGAAGAACCUGACGGGCUACAAGCAGAGCAUCAUGACCCUGUCUGAUGGGGGGAAGCUCUACCGUGGCGAGCUGGAAAUUGUCCUCUGCAAGGAGCCAAUUGUGUGACUCGUCCUCCUCUCUUGUUGUGUAUCCUCAUUUUCUCUGCCUGCCCUACCCUGCACU